AUGCUUAUACUCUUUCUGGCCCAAUUAGCCGCUCUCUUUGUCUCAAUCGUGUCUGCGAAGGUGGUGUCCAGGCAGAUUCAAUUAGGUCAACAUGAGUACUUUAUGCCUCCAUCUUCCUCUUGGAAAGUACCGUCGUGGGACUCCAACUUCUUGCAAAAUGCGACCGUGGACGAGUUUGUGCCGAUUACGGUUAUGAACCUGAAUGGAACUAAAAAUGAUGCCAAUAUUAGAGCUAUGCUAGACAAGUUUAAUGCAACUGAUGAUGUGUGGACAUCGUCAUUUACUCAGAACAGAAUUGUUCCCUCGGGGCCUUAUUUCCUGCAUACGAGCACAGGAAAUGCAUACCAGGCUUACCGACUCUUUGCCGACACAAACCAAGCAUUUAUUCAGUCCUCGUAUCAAGAUCCACAAGAUACGCAUCACCCCUUGCGCGCGGCAAUCUCCUCAGACGCAAGCCUCACCGUGGCAGUCCCGUCCCGCUUAUACUAUGCUCCUACAAAGGACAAACCACUUGCCGGUGUGCGAAUAUCAGUAAAAGAUCUCUUUGAUCUCAAGGGUCUCAAAACAAGCGGAGGAAAUCGAGCAUUCUACGCAAGGAGGUCAUACUUUACCAGCCACAUUGACUAUUUACUGCCAUUCAACCCUCGAGGUGAUGGAUACAACCUUCCAAGCGACAGUUCUGGCGGUUCUGGGGCCUCAGUUGCCUCGUAUGACUGGCUUGAUGCGAGCGUGGGCAGUGACACAGGUGGCUCUGUUCGAGGACCGGCGCAGCAGAAUGGUGUGCAUGGGAAUCGACCGACUCAUAGUGCAGUUGACCUUUAUGGUGCCAUUCCUUUGAGCCCUGCUAUGGACACCGUCGGUAUGCUUGCGCGAGAUCCCUUGCUCUGGUCCAAGAUUAAUAGGGUCUUGUACGCGGGCUCUGUUAAAGAGUUUGCAAAGUUUCCAAAGUCAAUACUUCUUGAUCCAUCCUCCGCCAAGAAACUCUCAGCAGCUGAUCAAGAGUAUCCGAAAAUUGCAGCUGCGGCGAACAAUUUCUUGAAUCACUUGUCGAAGAUCCUAGCCGCCAAUGUUUCUACCUUCUCGAUUGACGAAGCGUGGAAUAAAUCUACGCCUGUUGCAUUCAACACUACACCCAUUGUGAAUGCUGUGGAUCGCAUUUACAGCGACCUCACGCGCUACGAGCAAUGGAACGAUUUCGGUAAGGCCAUUGUAAGUGAGUACAUGGAGACUCAUAACGGGGAAUUCCCUCACAUGGUGCCUGAUGUUCGGGUAGGCUGGCUGCUCGCCAAUGCCUCACUGACAGAGGACGAUUACAAAGGCGAUCUAAAGGACAAGUCGGGAGUUGCAGAAUGGGUUGCGAAGAAAUUUCUCACACGAGAUGAAGAUACAUGCUCAAACGCAAUUUAUGUCUACUUUAACAUGCCGUACAAGUCCUAUAAACCAGAUAUAUCAGGAGAGUAUGUUCUACGACACCACUACAAUUAG